AUAAUUAAUGGUGCAAUGAUUGAGUCCAACGUGAGUCUGAGUUGCGCGUGGUGCGCUGGAGGAGAUGACGGGAGCAGCGCGCACUCGGAUGAGAAUCACAUAGAGCACAAUCUGAGUCCGACCGGACACUUGGUGGUCGCCGUGUGCCUUGGAUUCAUCGGAACUUUCGGGUUUCUCAACAACACGCUCGUUCUCGUCCUGUUCUGUCGCUACAAGAUGCUGCGCUCGCCCAUGAACUAUCUUCUGAUGAGCAUCUCAGUGAGUGAUCUGCUGGUGUGCGUCCUCGGCACCCCGUUCAGCUUCGCCGCCAGCACGCAGGGCCGGUGGCUCAUCGGACGCGCGGGAUGCGUGUGGUAUGGCUUUAUCAAUUCAUUCCUCGGCGUCGUGUCUCUAAUCUCUCUGGCGGUGCUCUCAUACGAGCGCUACUGCACCAUGAUGGGGGCUACGCAGGCCGACUCUACCAAUUACAGAAAGGUGGCCAUGGGUGUUGCCUUUGCCUGGAUAUAUUCCAUUAUUUGGACUCUUCCACCACUGUUUGGAUGGAGCUGCUAUGGUCCGGAGGGCCCUGGCACCACCUGCAGCGUCAACUGGGCCGCCAGGACAGCCAACAACGUGUCUUACAUCAUCUGUCUAUUUAUCUUCUGCCUUAUUCUCCCUUUUAUGGUGAUUGUCUACAGCUAUGGCAGACUCCUUCAGGUUAUCACACAGAUGAGCAGGAUCAAUACAGCAGUGAGCCGUAAGCGGGAGCAGCGUGUUCUCUUCAUGGUGGUCACCAUGGUGGUGUGUUACCUGCUGUGCUGGCUGCCCUAUGGGAUCAUGGCCCUGCUUGCCACGUUCGGGCGUCCCGGCCUGGUCACACCAGCAGCCAGCAUCGUUCCUUCUCUGUUAGCCAAGAGCAGCACUGUCUUAAACCCUGUCAUCUACAUCUUCAUGAACAAACAGUUUUGCAGAUGUUUCCAUGCGCUCGUCAUGUGCACCACCCCAGUGAGAGGCUCCAGCUUUAAAAUCUCCUCCAAAGUCACCAAAACUCUCAGGACAGUGCGACGUGCCAACGGCCAGAAUGUGACCUUCGCGGUGGCCUCAGCUGGCCAUCCUACUAUCUUUGCUCCUAACAGCGGUGGGCAGAAAAGCUCCUCAGUGGGUGAGAAACCAUCUCCUGCUGCGGGCCAGGGCACCAAUAGACCUGUUGUCUCUCUUGUGGCCUAUUACAAUGAUUGAGCUCAUAUGCUCAGGCCAAACCAACAUUAAUACAGUGGAAUUAGAGGUUAUAGAGGUCAUGGAUUGCGUAAAAGGAAAGUGGGCGUAUCUUGCAGAGCAAUGUGGAACUAGGACACGCCCCUCACUGACGAUUAUGUGAUGUUGCAUGCAUGACCUUACUGGGGAAAAUAAAAUAGUAAUGGAUAUUGAAAGUGGACCGCUGGAAAAAAGGAAUGACACCCCAGAACAAGUUUGCAACAUGCGGAAGGAUCUAACUAUUAAUUUAGCUUAUGCUUCUUAUGAGUCCAGGAUGUGCUCUCAGAUUUGGGUGAAUGGUCUCUCCCUUUUUUUUUUUUUUUUUUUAUAUUUAUGGGGUACAAUGGAGAGAUGACAGUAAAGUAUUGGAGUGGAGAGAGGGAAGCGGGAUCAGCAAAGGACCUCAAGGCGGAAUUCGAACUUGGGUCGCUGUGAGCACGGUUGCGCUAUAUGUCACACGCUAACCACGAGGCUAUUGGCGCCUACAUAGUAGCUCUCUUGAAAAAGUUUUUUUCCUCAAUAUUUUACUUUGACAAGAACACUUUUGCUACCAGUUUCUUACAGGUUUGGACAACCAGUGUAACUCAGAUUGUUUAAAAUGAUACUUUUGUUACUCAAUAAUUCUGUUCAUCAUGUGGACAUGUACAAGUAAUCUAAGCACAUGAGGACCUGUUUGUUAAAGGAAUGGUUGACUCAAAAAAAUUGUAAUUUCUUCAUCAGAACAGAUUCAGAGAAAUUUAGCUUUACAUCACUUGCUCACCAGUGGAUCCUCUGCAGUGAAUGGGUGCCGUCAGAAUGAGAGCUGAUAAAAAUGUCAAAGAAAUCCACAUGAUUCCAUCAAUUAAUGUCUUAUGAAGUGGAAACCUGUCUAUCUGUAAUAAACAAAUCCAUCAUUGAGAUGUUUUUAACUUCAAAUCAUUGCUUCUGGCUGAACAGCUUAAUUAUAGCCUUGUUUCUUACAAUCACAAAACUUUUGUACAGGUUAAUUGAUGGACUGGAGUCAUGUGGAUUAUUUGUGGAUUAUUAUGAUGAAGAAAGAAACUCAUCUACAUCUUAGAUGGCCUGAGUCCAUUUACAGAAAAUGUUCUUUUUUGGGUGAACUAUUCCUUUAUGGAAUAUAUAUUGCUCAAAUUUAAAAGGGUUUUAUUUUUUUCCUUGAUGUUUGAAAUACAGAAGUGUGAUAACUUGCUCCUGGAUCCUAAAAUAAAAUCUGUGAAACAUAAAACCCCAAUACAUUUUGAACAUUCACAUAUCCACUUCAAUAAUUCAUUUUCAUUGUCAAGUAAUUCUGCCCUUGAGGUAUCACUAGGAGAGUAAUAUAUGAAGAAUAUCCACCAAACAUUGUGCUUAGCUGUGGUUUAACUUCAUUUUUAUAAUACAGUGUGACCCUGAUCACAUCAGUGAGUUUGUGCAGUUCAUUUCAGCAAGACUUGUUUUAUAAAAAUCCUUAAAAUGUUUGAGGACAUAAAACACAUUAUGAGCAGUAAGAAACCUUGACUAACAACAUUAAUUGAACUCAGGGAAAAAUGUGAAAUGUUUCAUAUGACCCCUUUAAUGAUUAAAAUGCAAUAGUCUACAUGAAAUAUAUACUUUUACAAGUAUUUAAAUGUGAGAUCUGAAGUUCUUUUUUAGCUUUCCUUGUAUUGUAACAGAUGUAGCUUAAAACUGCUGAGCAUAUGAGAACAUUCUGAGAAUAGCUCUCCAAAGCCUCGCCAAUGUAUUUCCAAGUUUAAAUAAGCAAAUUGUUCAUUGGAAAUACACAAUUUUCUUGGCAUGUAAUGCGAAAUUGGCUGCAGGCACCCAUCGCAUAAAAUCUCUUUAUCGUACUGUUUACACACAGAGAGAAUAAUAAUUAAUUUCUAAAAAGCUUUCAUAAACUAUAACAUAUCAGAAAGCAAUGAUGCCUUGAAGCCAAAACGUGGAACAGAAUCUGUCGACAAUGGAAUUAAUUUCAAUGUAUUAAUUUAUAGUGUUUGUAUGUUUGUUUUUGGUUCAUUUUGUUUUGAUUCUGGUGUUUUGUAAUCAAUAUUUAAAUUUGUUUGCCAUCAAAAGGCCAGGCUUCUCAGCGAUGAGCAGAAUGUUGACUCCUCAAGACUUGAAUACUGUGAUUGGCCCUGGGUCCCGAGUGGGACUGUGACUGUUUUUACCAGCUGAUCUGUGUUUACUAAUGCAGCAACAUUUACAAUCAAACAACAAAAUUUCUAUUAUGACAUCCUGGUAAAUCACAUAUACUGUAGCUGAAACUUUGAAGAGAAUUUGAAUUAUUUUUAAUUUGAAUUAUUAUACAUAUUUUAUGACAUCAAAAGCCUUUCUUACUGUGCGUGUUUUGUUUUAGUAUCAUAUUUUUGCUGAUCAAUUUUAAUUUAUAUUUUUGUGCAUAUAUUUAGUACCAUCUUGUUAAGGUAAACAAAAAUAAAUUAAUAAUAAUUAAUGGUCAAAAAUGCAGUUUUAUACUGUUAAUCAAAAGUUUGGGGACAGUAAGGUUGUUGGUGGUUUUUUGUUUGUUUUUAUUUUUUUGAACCGUAAAAUUUCUAAUAAAUAAUGUUCUUUGGAACUUUCUAUUCAUCAAAAACUCCGGAAUUUUUUUUAUGAUUUCCACAUAAAUAUUAAGCACCCCAACUGUUUUCAACAUUGAUAAUAAUAAUAAACUGUUUCUUGAACGUCAAAUCAUCUCAUUAGAAUGAUUUCUGAAAGAUCAUGUGACACUGUAGACUUUGCCACCACAGGAAUAAAUUGCAUUUUAAAAUAUAUAAAAAUAUUUAUUUUUUUGUAAAAAAAAAUAUAUUUCACAAUAUUACUGUUUUUACAGUUAUUAUUAUUAUUAUUAUUAAAUAGUUGCAGUCUUGGUAAGCACAAGCCUUAAAAAAAUUUAUUAAUUAAUUAAGACCCAAAACCCUUGAGUAAAAUAUUUUACAAAUGUAUUUAAAUUAAAUGACCACUUUAUGGCUAAUAUAAUGGAGAAUUCUAUAACUGAACAUUACAUGAACACAAGCAUUUGUAUUAGAGCCACAUAUCUGUAAAUAUUUUUUUACAAGAGUUGGAUUUGUGAAACAAAAAUGAUUACCACUACAGUGUUUAUUUUGAGUUUUAUUUGUAUAAUAUGUUUUUUUUGUGAUUUGUGUCAACAUUAGUGAGUAUUUUUAUGGGGCCGUUUCUAUAUGAAGUGGUCUAUGACCCAUUUUUUAUGAGUUGACAUAGUAGUGCAAAGCUGACAAUGUGCAAAACUCUGUACGUUAAGUGAGAAUGCAGUCAAUGAUGUAGAUAUUGUGUCAGGAUACAAAUGGAAAUGGAAGAGAACAGCACUUUGAAAUGUGUAAAAAUGCAGAUCAUGCAAUUAUUUCAGUUGUAAGAUUUAAGCUUUUUUUAUUCCAACUCACUUUGUAGAUUCUAAAUAAGAUUACAAUUUCUGAUUUCUUUCUGAUUUAUUUUUCUGACAUGCCCAAAAUUAAUCUAAUACAUCAUAGUGAUCUCCAAAUCAGAGCUUUUGUUUUGUAGUUGUGUUGUGUUUGCACGUUUUAAAGGACUGAACUGUUUGUCUGAUGGUCACUAAUUUAUUUGUGCAUUUGUUUGUGUGUUUGUGUGUGCUAGCAUUCGUCUCUAUUAUGUAUUGCCAAAGCAAUUUUGUUCUCUAAAUGUUACAUAUGUUAAUGAUAAUAAUAAAAAAU